AUAUUACUUGGCUGUGUGCAAAGGAUUUCCCAUUAUCUGAGGCUCUUUUGGUUGAUAUUGAGAGCAACAGCCCACUUGAAAUCAAGGUUCACUUAACACUGAUCUGUAGAAAAUUGUGGGCUUCUAUGAAUUCCACCAAGUAAAUAUAAUGGAUAUUUACCCGCAAUUCCAAUGCUUCUUCAGGAUUAUCCUAACAUACAAGUGGUUACAAGAUGCGAUAGUAACCGUGGAAGCUUGCCUCGAUCGCACUUGGGAAUCGCUAAACUCUGGUUGCUGGAAGGAAGUAUCGAUCCAUUACAAAUAUUGUUACACGUUUUGUACCAUUAUAAAAUCGGUGUUAUUGCUAACGCAACACAAGUGUAAGGAUGUGCCGACAAAGUCAAGAAUUGCACAGCUGAAAACAUUUGAAGACACCAUACUGCAAAUUGAUAAAGGUAUACUACUAGGAUCUCCGCCUUUAUCUGAUCCAGAGUUACUCACCACUGUUGCUUGCAAAUUGACCUCACUUAUCCAUGAACUAAAGGGGAAAAAGUGUUUGAAGGUUGAAAAUCUGAUGACAUUUGACUGCCGUGCUCUUCAAAGGACUGAGCUUCCAGGGCUUUCUCUAGUUCUUCAUUACCAUCAGCCGUCCAUGGAGGCAUUUUAUAAGGAUAUUUUUCAUCCGAAAAUACCUGCUGUUUUGAAAGGGUGCAUGGAACAUUGGAAAGCCCUGGAACUUUGGAGAAAUCCUGAAUAUUUACUAAAAAUUGCCGGAGUAAGAACUGUACCAAUUGAAAUCGGUUCUCAUUACACUGCAGAAGAUUGGACUCAGCGUCUGCUCACUUUCUCAGAAUUUAUUGUAUCAUAUAUGACAUCCGAUACACCGCCAAAGCUAGGAUAUCUAGCGCAGCACGAAUUAUUCAAUCAAAUACCAGAGUUGAUGGACGACAUCGCUGUGCCGGAUUAUUGUAAUUUCACUGAUAGCGGGGUCGAUGCUAAAUCACCAGAUAUUAACGCAUGGCUAGGGCCGAAAGGCACUAUCUCGCCUUUGCACUUUGACCCAAAAAAUAAUCUUCUCUGCCAGGUAUUCGGGCAUAAGGAAGUCAUACUGUUUCAUCCUCAGCAAACCUCCAAUUUAUAUCCUUACAAAACUAAACUCCUGACUAAUACAGCUCGUGUGGACCCUACAAGACCGGACUUUCAAAAGUGGCCCAAAUUCGAGAAGGCUAUCGGCAUGACGUCUACUCUGGGCCCUGGUGAGAUGUUGUUUAUUCCACCAGGGUGGUGGCAUCACGUCACUGCAUUGUCCCAGAGUUUCUCCGUCAGUUUCUGGUGGGAUUGAGAUGUAUAACGAUUGUACAUGCCAUUAGAUCUCAAAUGUUCAAUGACUAAAUCUUAGCCGUGUAUGUAUAAUUUCUUCCCAUCGGUCGGCGAAGGACGAUUUGUUGAAUGCCUUGUUCUAAUUAUAAUUUAAAGUCUGCGAAUCUGUCGGAAUGUAAAUCAAAGAAUAUCAUUCGAUAUGUUUGCUUGUAACAGUAGUGUUACUAUGGACAGUUGAGUUCAGUGUCCGAAGUAAUCGUCAUAGCAUACUGCCGAUUUGGAAUAUUCCAGGUGAUUGAAUACAGUAUUUUUAGAAAAAGAAUUAGGACGCUGAUGCAGAUACUUUUCGUCAAGACAGUUCGUUAUACCGAGAUCUGAUCCCAAUCUAAAUAUCAUUGCUGAGCCAUAUUUCAUGGGCCAUAAAUCGUCACGAAUUUACACACAAUAAUAUCUGUGCACAGGAUUCACCAUUAAGUUGUAUACCGCAAUUUAAAAAUUUAUAGAAUUGUUAACACUGGAAAAAGAACUAUCGAUUUCCAAAGUCAUAGUAAAAUGAUACGGGGCAUAAUUGUUGGCGCUCCCUCACGUGAUACCGCACGUACAAGUUGGCAGUUUGAGUUCCGUUUCUGGGACACGUUUCACGUUUAGAACAUGACAUCUGUCGACCGAUACGUCAAAUAUAUCUGUUUUAUUAUGACCCAUGGAUUACUAGUUGUCAGGCGGUUAUACCUUUGCAUUGUUCAUUGGUUUAAAACUUUAUGAAGGCAGUGGAGGAUAUUCUUCAUCCAUAGUGCAGUGUAUUUUACACAUGGGACAUACGCUGUUACUGCACAACCAUUUUCGUAUACACUGUAACGAAAAACAUACAGAGCUACAUGCAAAUACGCUACAUUUUCGUUUACUUGUGAUGAAAACAAACCGAAACUCACCUUAGUAUGGAAGGAAUGCUGACACGGCAAGUUGUACACAGGUGCUUCCUUGUCACUUGACUUCAUGAUCUCUAAACAAAUCGUACAUUCGGAAUCUUCAUCGUCUUUUGUCCAGUCGACAAGCCCCGACGGUAUGGUUUUCCAGCCUGGUUUUUUCGUCAAAGCUGGUACCUUGGCUCGAUAAUUAACUGGAAUACAGAUGAUAGAUAAAGGUGAAACUGUAAGAAACCACAGUAGGCAGCUAUGACUCUAUUUAACUACAGCAACCCUAAGUUUUGCACAAUCAUCAGUUUGUGCGUAACAUGCAUAACUCGAAGUGUGAUUCGAUGACCAACGGGUACGCCGAACGUGUUAAAUCACGACUUGGAUUCGUAGCAUUCUCGGAUUUGUUCUAGACGCUGUUAACAAACUAAUACUGAUAAUGUUGACGACAUGGUUUGGUAAUUUUUUAUAUCGAACUAGCAGAAAGUGUAGAGAAAUAAAAAUAUUUUACCCAGUU